CAACGUUGCAUGCUGCCUGGCCACACCUGCUGUGUACCCAGAUCUUCCUUGUUCCUGUGCCUGUGGAGGGUCCCUGGGGUGACCGGCUCUGGCGUGGGAACAUUGGGGCCCUCGCCCCACAGUCCUGGUGCUCCGGGGCCUUCCUUGGCUGUCGUGGAGGCUACUUCUGAAGCUGGGGCACCCCAAGGUGGCACCAGCAGCCAGGAUGUCCACACAGAGCAUCCACUACCUGAAGCCCGUGGCCCUGUGCCUGGCACCUGGGAUCCCAGACUCCCCAAGCCGCCACCGGCGCCACACACUCCCUGCCAGCGAGUUUCGCUGCCUCACCCCAGAGGACGCAGCUAGCGUGUUUGAGAUUGAGCGUGAGGCCUUCAUCUCUGUCUCGGGCACGUGCCCCCUGUAUCUGGAUGAGAUCCGGCACUUCCUGACCCUCUGUCCAGAGCUGUCCUUGGGCUGGUUCCAGGAGGGCCGCCUCGUGGCCUUCAUCAUUGGCUCGCUGUGGGAUGAGGAGAGACUCACUCAGGAAUCACUGACGCUGCACAGGCCUGGUGGCCGCACGGCCCACCUGCAUGUGCUGGCUGUGCACCACACCUUCCGGCAGCAAGGCAAGGGCUCCAUCCUGCUGUGGCGCUACCUGCACCACCUGGGCAGCCAGCCCACCGUGCGCCGGGCCGUGCUCAUGUGCGAGGACACACUGGUGCCCUUCUACGAGAGGUUCGGCUUCUACCCUGUGGGCCCGUGCGCCAUCACUGUGGGCUCACUCGCCUUCACGGAGCUCCAGUGCUCCCUGCGCAGCCAUGCCUCCCUGCGCAGGAACAGCAACUGCUAA